UCUGCCUUAACAUGAAAGAAGAAGAACCAGCUUCCAUGAUACUUGUACCGUACUGUUUCCUUUUUGUCAGCUGCCCUUUUCUCCAGAGUUUCAUGUGUAUUUAAAAGCAGUACAGUAGUAAUCAAAUGGCCUUUGCUCUGCCAUUGUGGCUCGCGGUCCAGAAGGAGCUCCUCGAGCAGGACCAAUCGGAUCCGACCUGUUUCGACCAGUUCGACGACGGAGCUUUGUUCCUGGUGUUUCACCUCACCAGACCGUGUAUCGCUUUCAUCACAGACGCUUUGCGAAUCGGCUUAAAGAAAAACGUCUCGGAUAAACCAGAGCUGCCCGCGGACGUGAUGGCCAUGGUGGCUCUUAACUAUUACGCGCACGGAGUUUCCUCCCCCCACCUUCUGCACAGGGUCGGACAGAGCCAGACGGAUUGGCCCAACAUCAUCUCCACAGUCUCCGAAGUAUUGGCCGGGAUGUGCGAUGCGUUCAUCUCCUUCCCUCUGUUCCACAAUGCCAGAAUUAGUGUCGCCUCAAGGAUUGAGAAAUUCUGCGGGAUCCCAAACGCGCUGGGCGUCCUGGCUCCAGCGCACUUUAGGAUCCGAGCCUCUCCAUAUGAGAAGGACACUUUCAGGUCCUUCCUCAACACGUUGGGUUACACAUCGGUGGUGAGCCAGCUCAUAUGUGACAGCGACGGCAACAUACUGAGUGUGGAGAAGUGUUGUGUUGGCAGCACGUAUGAGGAGGACAUGUGGGACUCGUCAAUCAAAGGGAAGGAGAUCGAGGAUGGCUUGCAUGGCCAGUUUUGGGUUAUUGGUGGGAAAGGAUACAACAUAAGCGAACAUGUGCUGACUCCUGUGUCAGAACCUGCAAAUGACAAAGAGAUCCACUUUAACAAGGCCCACACAAAGAUCCAAAAGGUCAUGCGGAAAACGCUCGGCUCCAUGAAGAGGCGUUUCAGGUGUCUGAUGCAACUUGGUUUUGCACACGAAGGCACUUUGCACAAAAAGGGAAACAUUAUCAAGGCAUGCUGUGUCCUUCACAACCUCGCUAAGAAGUUCUCCGUCCCUCCCCCGCCUGUAGCUGGUAAAAUUGAGCCUCUGCAUCCAAGCAGGUGGCGUACAAUGCCAGUCGAGGUCAACCCCGAGGCCUUAAAAGCCAGGCAGGAAAUCAUAGAUGAUACCUUCUCUAGCAUCUUCAGUAGCCAGGACACAUCGAAUAAAGACACAGAGGAGGAUGCAUGAGCGGGUGUGUUGUCAUCAACAUACAUAGAGGACAAACACUGGACCCAAAACCCAGCUUUUAAUGCAAACUGUUUAUAGUUGGUUACUGUUUGACACUAACAGAAAAUGUGAUAUUUGUUAAUAAAAAACAUUUUAUUUCUUCUACAAUAGAAAGUCAUUCUUUUCCACCAACUUUUCAGUUUCUAAAUAAAUGCGAUGCGAAAACAU